ACGUAACUUCAUAGUACUUCUUUAUAAAAACCACACAUUCCAUCAGGUACAAUGCCACCACCCACUAAUCAUUUCUGCAAAUACUACUUGUUGAUCACCAUGACAAUAGCAGAAGAAGAAAUCCAAAAACCUAAUAUCGCCUUCCUCCCUAGCCCUGGUAUGGGACACAUUACUCCCCUCUUCGAAUUCGCUAAACUCCUCGUCACUGAUCACCAUAACCUCCACAUCACUUUCUUCGUCAUCACCACCGGUGCCUCCGCUGCUCAAAACCAACUUCUCCAGCAGAAAGAUCUCCCUGUCAACUUCACCGUAGUUGAGAUUCCUCCGGCGGAGAAUAUCUCUGAGUAUAUGAUGAGCGACGGUAAUAUCCGUCCGGUCACGCAGCUAUCCAUCAUGGUCCGCGAAUCACUCAGGCAUUUACCUUCGCUGUUGAUGGAAAUAAGGCCGAGUGCUCUGGUUAUUGAUCUGUUCUGUACUGAUGCUUUUGAGAUUUGUGAGAAGCUUUCGAUGCCUGUUUACUCUUUCUUCACUGCUUCCACUAUUUUAAUGGCGUUCUCGCUGUAUCUACCCAAGCUUGAUACGGAAGUUGAUGGAGAGUUUGUUGAUCUUCCUCAUCCUAUUCAGACUCCUGGAUGUAACGCAAUAUGCCCUCAUGACAUCCUUGAUCAGGUAAAAGACAGGAAAAACGACGAGUACAAAUGGUAUUUACUUCACGUGAGUAGAUUGCCAUUAGCAGCAGGAAUAUUUGUCAACAGUUGGGAUGAUCUUGAACCAGUAACCCUUAAAGCUCUCAAAGAAAAUUCAUUUUACCAUAACAUACCAAUUCCUCCAGUACAUGCCAUUGGACCUUUGAUCAAACAAGAUGAAGUCGUUACUGAAAAAGGUGCUGAGAUUUUGAGGUGGCUGGAUCAUCAGCCAAUUGAUUCUGUUCUUUUUGUGGUCUUUGGAAGUGGUGGCACUUUGACUAGUGAGCAACUUAAUGAGUUAGCUUGGGGUCUCGAAAUGAGUCAACAGAGGUUCAUAUUGGUGGCACGUAAACCAAGUGAUGCAAGUGCCUCAGCAGCUUUUUUCAACGUUGGCAGUGAUGAAAACGACGACCCAUUAUUGUACUUGCCUGAUGGGUUCGUUAAGAAAACACAAGGGAGGGGCUUGGUGGUCCCUUCAUGGGCCCCACAAGUAGCAAUUCUCAAACACCCAUCAACCGGGGCGUUUCUGUCGCACUGUGGAUGGAAUUCAACUCUAGAAAGCAUUGUCCAUGGCGUACCUAUGAUUGCGUGGCCACUUUACGCUGAACAGAGAAUGAACGCUACUUUCUUAGCUGAGGAGGUUGGCGUGGUGAUAAAGUUUUCGAAAGUUCCUGGUGAAGAGAUCAUUAAUCGAAGUGUGAUUGAAAAAAUGGUGAGAAGCGUAAUGGAAGGAGAAAAAGGCACAGAGAUGAGAAGGAGAGGCAAAGAGCUUAAAGAAAGUGCUAAAAUUGCAUUAAGCAAGGGAGGUUCUUCUUAUGAGUCGAUUUGUAGCGUUGUUAAGUUUUGGAAAUCUCAAUAACUGAAAAAAUGAUAAUCAGUUAGGUGCAUUAAAGCUUUCGUUAUUUGCAGGGUUCGGGGAAAUUUGAGUGAUUGCGUUGUUGAAUAAAGAUUGCUAGUAAUUAUUUUAGUCCUUGUUUCUAUUUAUGAUAUGAUAGUACAAUUAUAUGCAUGGGACCUAAAUAGGAAACUUGUUAGAAGUUUAUUUUUCCAUGCAUGCAUAUGAGUGCACAUUAUGAAAUUAUUGCGACUUGUACGUCCUAUUGACGAUUGUAUCAAAUUAAAUGAAUAAAAUUUUGGUAAUAAAUAAACUAUAUGUAAUUGCUCGUG